GCGCGGUGUGCGCUGCGCCGCGCACGUGGCGGUGCGGACGCAUGGAGGGCGAUGGCGGCGCUGGCGGGCGGGCGGCGGCGCGGCCCCGGCCCGGCGCUGGCGCUCCGCGGGGCGCUCAUGGCCGCCAGCGGCGGCGGGAGGCUCCUGGCGGCGCCGUACGGGGAGCCCGGCGAUGACGGUCUCUUUGUGUUCGAUUGCGUCAAUGCGGAGAAGCCCGCCUUAGGAAAUCAAGGGCAGGAUGGAAAACAGACAGAUAAAGGAAGUGAUGACAUCCUAGCUUUUGCCUUCUCCCCAUCAGGAGAUUACUUUGCCUUAACAGAUGACAAUAAACGUCUGAUUCUGUUCCGUACGAAGCCUUCCUGGGAAUGUGUUAGCAUCAGGUGCGUGACCAGGAGAUGCACUUCCCUGGUUAUUACAGCUGCAGAGGAUAAGAUUCUGGUUGCGGACAAGUCUGGUGACGUCUAUUCUUACUCAAUAACAGAACCCCAGGCAGAUGGAAAACUUGAGCUGGGUCACUUGUCUCUGCUACUGGAUGUUGCGCUGAGUCCUGAUGACCGAUACAUCCUAACUGCAGACAGAGAUGAGAAGAUCAGAAUCAGCUUGUCAAAGGCUCCUUAUUAUAUUGUAUCCUUCUGUCUGGGACACAGAGAGUUUGUAAGCAAAAUAUUUGUAAUACCCGACUAUCCUGACCUGCUGUUGUCAGCUUCUGGGGACUCAACUCUAAGACUCUGGGAGUACAAAAGUGGUGAAGAAGUGUACUGCUGUCAUCUAAGUAGCAUCUGUGGGACUGAGGCAGCCAAAACUGACCAGAAAUACACUGUGUCAAGAAUAACCUACUGCUGUCAAGGUGGUUAUGUUGCCAUUCUAUGUGACUGUAUUCCCACAGUCUACGUCUUUCAGCUUGAUGCCGUUGCCAAGCAGCUAGUUUACAAGCAGCAAAUCUCUUUGAAACAUAAAGGUUGGGACAUUGCAUUUGAGGAAACAGGAGGCCUAUGGAUUUUGCAGGAAGACAGUGAAGCUCCUCUUCAAUUGUACAGACCAUGUGAUGGACAGUGGAAGGCUGUAACUGAUGACAAGGGAUUACAGAAGAUGACGAAAUAUCUUAAAGACAAUUGGACAGUGUUUGAAGGUUUCGUUGGUGCAGAGAGCUACUACAGCAAUCUCUACAAGGCUUCAUUUGAGGACAUGGACACCUACCUACAGAAGAAAGAGGAAAGGUUACAGCAGAAGAAAAAGAAAAGGCAGGAUCUGCAACAUGGUUCAAAUGGACAAACAAAAAAGAUGAAGACUGAAGAACCAUCGCUAUGAUAUUCUUGUUGGCUUGUAACUUUUGUCUUGCUGAAAGGAACUGAUCUGACCGUGGACUGUUUUUAAAUGUAAAAUGAAUUAUGGAAGAAGACUGGUUUAACCUUUUAUUCAGAUUCAGGUUUUCAGUUAGCCUGAUUGAUAGGCCAAUAUCCUGCUUGCAGCAGAUAAUGCAUUCACAAUAUGCCUAAGCUUCUAGCAGCAUACAGGUGUUAGUGCUUCAGUUCUAGGAAUCUCUAAUGCAUGAUAUAUAAAUACUUGAGAUAGUAUUUUCCUUGAAAUGGAAUUUUCCUUUUGUCUACUGUGUUCAGGCUUUCUUCUUCAGGUGGAAGUAUGCUGAUUAAAGUUGAUGUGAUUUUUUUUUUUGUUUGUUUGUUUGUUUCUUUUUUCUUUUAAGCUACAUAAAAGGCUUAUUAGUUAAUGUAUCUAACUUGGUGUACUUGGCUAUGGGAAAGGGAAUGUAGAAAAAUUCUUGCUAUAUAAGAAAGGUUUCAGCUGAGAUACCACCAUCUCUGUUUUUACCCUUUACCUUCCAUUUAUGUGGUAAGGAUUCUGCCUAGCUUCUAAUCCAUCGCUUUUUACUUGUGGCAUAUUUCUAUAGGAAGAAGUAUGAAAAUAGAUUUUUAUGUCCCAGAAAGUAAAAUGUGUCAGUUGACUUUGUGUUACUGGAAGAUCCUUCUAUUGCAAUACGAUCCUAGCAUGUCUGUGAAAAUGAUUUGAGAGGCCUGUGAGCAAAACUUGGAUUGCAUUCUGCUUUGUUCAUGUCGCAAUUAGCCGAGAAAUACAUCUUUUCGAAAAGUUAUCAUUAAGAGCCUUAUCAGAUCACUUGUUGCUUCAUCACGGGGCAGAAGAUAUGCACUCACCUACCAGGUGGCAUCAUGUCUAUAUGGAAUAUAAUGUACUUCAUAAAACCAGGUGUAGGAAUCUUUACAAUCCAUUAAAAGUAUUCAGAAUUAACCUAUGAACCCUGAAUAGUUUUCUAGGUCUCUUUAUAUAGCUGUCCUCUCUGGAGUAUCUGGACACUUAAUCAUUCUGCACUCCAAUUAUAGUUACUCUAGAAGGCAUUGUUGAGAUGUAACUUGUUUAGAGAACAUCAGGUGUUCAGCAGUGAAGCAGAACUUGCUGCUUAUGUCCACUCAAAAUUGCAGUCUUAUCCUUAUUGUGUGUCCCAGAGGCCACGAGUCUUUCUCGUGUUGUAGAAUAUCACAUGGAUUGUCAUAUUCCUUCUGUUUGGAAGUGCCUCCUUAAGGAUAGAGUGUUGAGUGCAUUAGUACAGAUACAGUGCUUCAGCUCCAGGGUCUGGUUUUGGUGAUUCAUUUUAAGUAAAGAACCUUCUGCCUUGGCAAAGAUUUCUUUGGACAAAAAUUGUGAAGUGUCAGGAGCGGUAUUGUCUGUUCUGGUUAAAAGUCCUAAUUCUGGCAGGAGCUGCCUUGACAAGAAUAACAUGUGAGGUAGUUUC